UCGCCCCUCCGUUGGGACCUAAUUCACGCGUUUCAGGGCUCCUCCCAUUUCGUCGGCUUCGUUUGUCGUCGUCGUAAGCUGCAGCUAGUGUGGACUGGAGAUCCACCACUCCACCAGUCCGGUCCAUCUGCUGGACCUCGAUUGGUUUCUUCUUACCUAGGUAAAGCUCUGCAGGAUCCUUUCUGCAUAUGAUUGAUUAGUCCGUAUCGUCCUAGCUGGGAUGGAUGCCCCGAUCCACCAAUUCUGUUGCGGAUUUGUUCGCUCUGUGGUUCCGGUGGUAGCAGAUGAACAUCCGGGGAUGUCGACUCCUGCGAGGAAGAGGCUGAUGAGGGAUUUCAAGCGGUUGAUGCAGGACCCUCCGGCCGGCAUAAGUGGCGCCCCGCAGGAUAACAACAUAAUGCUGUGGAAUGCUGUCAUAUUUGGACCUGAUGAUACCCCGUGGGAUGGAGGUACGUUUAAGCUGACUCUCCAGUUUAAUGAAGAAUAUCCAAACAAACCACCAACUGUGCGAUUUGUUUCUAGGAUGUUCCAUCCUAACAUUUAUGCUGAUGGAAGCAUAUGCUUAGAUAUCCUGCAGAAUCAGUGGAGUCCGAUAUAUGAUGUAGCUGCGAUACUCACGUCAAUCCAGUCAUUGUUGUGCGAUCCAAACCCGAAUUCGCCCGCUAACUCUGAAGCCGCCCGCAUGUUCAGCGAGAACAAGCGAGAGUACAACCGCAAAGUUCGGGAGGUCGUGGAGCAGAGCUGGACGGCGGACUGAUGAUGCCCUGUGUUGCGUCGCGCUGUGCUGCGCAGCUGCUCACUGCGCCCCGCGUCCGUCCAUUCCAUACCAAAAAAAGAAAAUGGCAAAGCCGAACUCAGCUGUUGCUGCUUUCGUUGCCCUGUGUCAAGACGACUGCUUCUCUAUGAACAUUUUACCUUCCUGUGCUGUAUCUGGAAUACAAACUUAAUUAUCUCUAGCACUGUGGCAACAUCUUAUCUUAUAUGAAAUUUCCUCCGGGAAAACGAGAAUGAUUUGCUUGGGUGAUUAUUUCAUGACCAGCCAGGUUGCUGUACUAAACUAUGGUACUUAUUUCAGCUAAUUUUGAAUUUGAACU